CACGUACCGCUUGCCGUCGGCGCGGCAGGACAGUCAAUCGGCGGGAGAGCGGUAUAUCUAUCCUCAAAUUUAAUGUGAGCUGGGUUUACUGCAAAUUAACCUCGUUUUAGCGCUCCAGCAACAAUGGCGAAGGUGCAGGUGCUGAAUGUGGCUGUCCUGGAUAACCCGAGUCCCUUUGGAAACCCUUUUCAGUUUGAAAUAACGUUUGAGUGUAUGGAGGACCUUCCCGAAGACCUGGAGUGGAAAAUCAUCUAUGUUGGCUCAGCAGAGAGUGAAGAGUAUGACCAAAUCCUUGACUCUGUCCUGGUCGGCCCCGUUCCUGCUGGGAGACACAUGUUUGUGUUUCAGGCUGAUGCCCCAAACACUGGAUUGAUCCCUGAAAGUGACGCUGUUGGUGUAACUGUAGUGCUGAUUACCUGCACAUAUCGUGGCCAGGAAUUCAUUCGCAUUGGUUACUAUGUGAACAAUGAAUACACAGACCCCGAGCUUCGUGAAAAUCCACCAAUCAAGCCAGACUACACUCAGCUUCAGAGAAAUAUUCUGGCAUCAAACCCACGUGUUACCAGAUUCCAUAUAAACUGGGAAGGCUGCGCAGAGCGAAUGGAAGACUCUGAAAAUGUGGAUCCCACAUCAAAUUCUAUGCUCCCUCCAUCCUGCCUUCCAGGCAAGGCCCCACCCUUGGGGAUACUACCAGAUAACUCUAUGGACUGCUUAUAGAGAUGACCCGAAAGAUGUAGAAAUGACCGGAAAGGUGAUAAAUCACAGCACGAAUCCUUAUUUCUGAAGAAUGCCUGUGGACAUUCUAGUGUGGAUGUACAAACAUCUUUGCCUUACAGCUGCCCUUAUUUUCCUGAGGCUUGUUGUCACAAAUGAACUUUCACCUUGGGCUUCAGAAGAGUGUUUGUUCCAAGGAAGAUUAUAAACAUCCCAAUGGAAUAAUCAUCACUAAUAGCUGUGAGUUCCUUGCCAUGAUGCUGAAAGCAAUAUUGAAAUAGUUUAACUCAUGGAAGGGAAAAUGGCAACUAUGAAAUAAUGCAGCUGAACUGAAACAGAGCAGAAAGCUGUGGUGUGAUUGUCCCUCCUUCCUUCCUUUUCAGUUGGUGCAAAAUGGAUUUGUACCCAUUUAAGAGGAUUUCAGCACUGAAGCAAUAGGCAAAUAAAUUGCAAUAUGUUGCUGUACAGGAAUUUGAUAAUCUGCCGUUAUAUUGUGUUCAAAUUCCUUUUGCACUUAAACCUUUCCCACUUAGAUUGUGGAGUUUCGGAUGGGCUUUGUACGGGCUGUAUCACUUCCUCCAUGUUUUUCUGUUUGCAAUUUUGUGUUCCAAAUAAAAUAACAUUGUAUUUGUUA